CUCUAGCAGACGGAGGCCACCUUUUCCCCAUAGAAGCAGCCAGACCUUGACACAAAGGACAUCGCUCGCCGGGGGAAAAGCCCGGAAGGGCGGAUAUCUUGACGUCUCCCUUCGCCACUUUUCCCUUUAUUAUCCCAGAGGUGUCAACCUUAUAAUUUUUGCUGCUAUCCAUUUGUAAAUAGACUCAGAAAAGGAGACCUUGGACUAGUUUUUGGCUACAGGUACUUUCUAAACAUGAUGCAUUUCAAAAGUGGACUCGAAUUAACUGAGUUGCAAAACAUGACAGUGCCGGAAGAUGAUAACAUUAGCAACGAUUCCAAUGAUUUCACCGAAGUAGAAAAUGGCCAAAUAAAUAGCAAGUUUAUUUCUGAUCGCGAAAGCAGAAGAAGUCUCACGAACAGCCAUUUGGAAAAAAAGAAAUGUGAUGAGUAUAUUCCAGGAACAACCUCCCUAGGCAUGUCCGUUUUUAACCUAAGCAACGCCAUCAUGGGCAGCGGGAUUCUGGGACUCGCCUUUGCGUUGGCAAACACGGGAAUCCUCCUUUUUCUGGUACUUCUGACUUCAGUAACACUUCUGUCUAUAUAUUCAAUCAACCUUCUGUUGAUCUGUUCAAAGGAAACAGGCUGCAUGGUUUAUGAAAAACUGGGAGAGCAGGUCUUCGGCACCACAGGGAAACUUGUCAUCUUUGGAGCCACCUCACUGCAGAACACUGGAGCAAUGCUGAGCUACCUCUUCAUAGUGAAAAAUGAACUACCCUCUGCCAUAAAGUUUCUAAUGGGAAAGGAAGAGACAUUUUCACCCUGGUAUGUGGAUGGCCGAGUUCUGGUGGUGGUCGUUACCUUUGGCAUAAUUCUUCCUCUGUGUCUCUUGAAGAACCUGGGCUAUCUCGGCUAUACUAGUGGAUUUUCCUUGAGCUGUAUGGUUUUUUUCCUCAUUGUGGUUAUCUACAAGAAAUUUCAAAUUUCCUGCAGUGAUCCAGAGCUAAAUUCAACAAGUCCUAAUGCAACAAAUGCUGACAUGUGUACACCAAAAUAUGUUACUUUCAAUUCAAAGACCGUGUAUGCGCUACCAACGAUCGCAUUUGCCUUUGUCUGCCACCCAUCAGUCCUGCCAAUUUACAGCGAGCUUAAAGAUCGGUCACAGAAAAAGAUGCAGAUGGUUUCAAAUAUCUCCUUUUUCGCCAUGUUUGUUAUGUACUUCUUGACUGCCAUUUUUGGUUACUUGACAUUCUAUGACAACGUGCACUCGGACCUCCUUCACAAGUACCAGAGUAAAGAUGACAUCCUCAUCCUGACCGUGCGGCUGGCUGUCAUUGUCGCUGUCAUCCUCACAGUGCCGGUGUUAUUCUUCACAGUUCGUUCAUCUUUAUUUGAACUGGCUAAGAAGACAAAGUUUCACCUAUGUCGUCAUGUCUUGGUGACCUUCAUUCUCUUGGUUAUUAUCAACUUGCUGGUGAUCUUCAUACCCACAAUGAAGGAUAUUUUUGGAGUCGUAGGAGUUACAUCUGCUAAUAUGCUUAUUUUCAUUCUUCCUUCAUCUCUUUAUUUAAAAAUCACAAGCCAGGAUGGAGAUAAAGGAACUCAGCGAAUUUGGGCUGCCCUUUUCUUGGGUCUGGGGGUGUUGUUUUCUCUGGUCAGCAUUCCGCUGGUCAUCUACGACUGGGCCUGCUCAUCAAGUAGUGACGAAGGCCACUGAGACCAGCUGAGAAAAGGAAACAGUCAAAUUACCGCACAUCUGCAACCCCUCAUCACUUCCUUGGCAAGUUUACAGAAGCAAACAGAAAUUUAUAAGAUACAAAACAGAUUAACACGUUGGUAUUGAAACAGAGACCUGUUUCUAAAAUGGUUCAUGUCCCUCCAAGAUUUGGGAUCAAUUUUAAGGAUUGUGGACUUUCUUUUUCCAAAUUUCAUGGCAUCAUAUUUUCCAGUACUUUUCACAGUCGGUUAUUUUUCACUCUAUGUGUUUUGUGAUUUCAUCGUCUCUUAGAACUUUGAAAACAUGAUCAUCAAUCAUGUUUACUUAUCAUACAUCCAGAUUCUGAAAUAAUUUUCCUACUGAUGUUCAGCUUACAAUAGCUGUACCUUUUUAGAAGAGAAAAGUAUCUUGAAUUGUAUAUAUUUAUUUUGCUUUACAGAAAAAAAAAAUGGUUUCGUAAAUAAUUUGCCUAUUUUGGUUAACAUAGCACACAGGGAUAAUCACGUGAGAGUCACAGGGCGCGUGCCUGGCCUGGAUCAGUGGCUGUUCAGUAUUUGAGGCAGCCCUGAUCAUGUGGCGGCUGAGCCUCAGCCACCCAUGGCCUCGCCGUCCCUUCAUCCUGCUCCAGCAAGAGACCUUCCCUGGCGCAUGUUCUCAGCAGGGAAAGGGAUGGAAAUGAUUCUUACCUUGGGA